UUCCUGUUCAUGCCGACUGGGCGACGAGGUCUUGUCAUGCGGAACAAAACAAGAGGCUUGGUGAAUGAUGAUGGUGAUGAUGAUGUCGUGGCUUUCUUUUUUUCUAAUUCUAGUGUUUCGUGUAUGGUAUAACAGGGCCUGGUAUUUCCAACCACCUGCCACCGCUACUGCUUGCUGCAGCCUCGCGUGGUGCGUGGUGGCUUUUGAAGGGGGGAAGGGGCGGGGAGGCGGACGGUGCGACCAAUCCACCGCCCCAAUGAACCAAGAGAUACACAGGUGAAUUUCAUGUAGUGCGUGCAUGUGGCUACUACUCAAGCCUUCUCUUUUCUCUCUGCAUCUAUUCCUGCCCUCCUGCUACAUCAUAUCUGAAGUCAAUUGAGUGAUGGACCUCCCAUCCGACUCGCAUCGCGUUCUCGCACGCUACCUAUGCAGCCAGUCCACUUACAUAACCCCCACGCCAACAACGGAUACGAGAGACAUCACCACCCCGUCCGUCCGUAUACGAGCAACACCACGAAGCGAAACCACAUCUCUCGCGCGCUCGUGGAAAAGAAAUAGGAGGGAAGCACGGAUCUAACAUUCUUGUUGUUUAGCCACCCAACUCCCCCCCGUAUUCCGCCCCUGGUUCUCUUCCUCUCUUCCAUCCUUGCUUGCUUGAUCAAGACUUUCUUCUGUGUCUCAGCUCGCGCAACCUGCAUCAAAACAAAAACAGUAAAUGAGAAACAGCGGUAGCAGUAGUAACAGCGACGGGGUGGGGAUGAUACGUGAGUUACAACCAUUCACAGUAGAAGAAUGAUAAUUACUAUACACACACAUAUAUAUAUCCGCAUGUACAUGUGCAAUUAGAUGGACUGUGAAACCUCCAUACUCCAUACUCCAUUCUCCUUUCUUCUUCUUCUUCCCUUCCUUCCUGCUAAUUAUCCUGUACUCGCAUAUUCCCAGCAAGACAAUCAAAACUCCAACUGCGCUACCCCAUCCUAUCCUACCCCAUCCUCCUCAUCAGAAACAGACACUCAAGUCCGACAUCGAUUUCAUACACACCUAUCUAUCUAUCCCCUAGUCCCCGUGCGAACAACCGGGGAAUCCCCAAUCCUCAAACACGCAAAUCUGCUGCGUGCGUGCGUGCGUGCGUGCGUGCGGUGCCAGUUCGAGAAGGGGGGCACACAGUAAUCUCCGGUUUCUGGCGUUUCUGGCGUUUUUGGUUGGAGAGCGGACUAGGUCCGUACGACAUCAACGAC